CUAAACUUCCAGGCAUGACCCUCCUGCAUCUGGGAACCUUACUGCUGCCACGCUGCUCAUGACACUGAGUUAAGGUGAAGCAACUAAUUACCCCCAGAAGACUUUUCCUUGUGGAGAGCUGUGUUGUUAGUGAUUAAGGGGCUGUUGGGUAUUUAACAUGGAAGAAACAAGGAAGCUCUCUCCUAAGCUGUGUAAAAGCAAAGAACCUGUGAAAACAGAAUGGGGAUCUCAGAGUGUUGUAUUUACAUAUUUCCAAGGGGAUAUUAACAGUGUGGUAGAUGAACAUUUUUCCAGAGCUCUGAGCAAUGCCAAGAACCCACAAGACCUGAGCACAAAGCUCAAGGAUGAAGAAGUUGUCCUGAAGAAUGUAGAUAGCAUGUCUCCCCAUCAGUGGAAUUUCUCUUCACAUUGCUCCAAACCAUAUCCAUCGUCUUCUGCAACAAGUUUGUCAAAUUCUGGUCUGAAUUUUUCUGCUGCUGGUGUGUCAGGCCAAUACCAGCCAUCAGCUCUGCGGAGUCAUCCAACCCAACCUGCAGAUUUAUGGCCCUUCCCUUCGAUUGGGACUCCCAGUCUCACCAGUUCAGUUUAUCAUCAUGCCCUGCCUGACCUGCACGGGGUAGAUGAGCAGAUCUCUGACAGGAAAUACGGUUCUCUUCUUGGUCUUCUGCAACAAGAAAGGUGCCUGACAUCCAUGCAAGAAUGUGCCAUGAAGCAACACUCAAGUCCUGCUUGUAUGACUGGAGCUGCUAGGUUACAAAAUACAAGUCAGAGUUCAGUUCCUGGGGGAGACAGGAAAACAAGCUCUUACCAAGGCCCAGAAAGUCAGAGUGUGAGCCAUGCCACUGCAGGUAUUGAGAUUCAUGACAGAAGACAAGAUUUGUACUUUUAGCAACCGGGUGUUUCUAUUUUAUUCUGAAAGAGGAAGUUCUUGCUGUGAACUUUUAUUAUUUACAACUGUGAAUCAAGAAGAACUGAACUGCAGCUAUUCUGUGCUUUUUCUCUCAUUUGGGAGACAUACUAUUUAGGGAAUGAAAAAUCAUCUUUUUCUAUUCAGUCAAUAACUUCUAAUAGCUAUGGUAUUAAACCUGACAGUAUGUUUGUUAUGAAGAAAUAUUUGUCUACUUAAGGCUUUUCAUGUAGCCCUUUCCAAAAGGACUCUCAGCACUUUCUAAUGUUUCUGUGUUUAUGCAUUUAC